ACCUUACCGAACCCCCGAAGUUCAGGUCUUGAUUGGUAGCCAGCCUCACCUUACGCCAUCUCAAUCCCACGGUCUCACCCCACCGCUCAAUACAUUCAAGAUGUCUUUCCAGAAGCCCGAGAAGGAUUUCGGCGAGGGCCCCAAGGUCCACAAGAUCCGCAUCACCCUUACCUCUCGCAAGGUCGCCUCCCUCGAGAAGGUCUGCACUGAGCUGAUCGACCGUGCCCGCUCCAAGUCCCUCCAGGUCAAGGGUCCCGUCCGUCUCCCUACCAAGACCCUUCACAUCUCCACCCGUAAGACCCCCAACGGUGAGGGUUCCAAGACCUGGGACAAGUACGAGAUGCGCAUCCACAAGCGUCUCAUCGACCUCCUCGCCCCCACCGAGACCGUCAAGCAGAUCAUCAUCAACAUCGAGGCUGGUGUUGAGGUUGAGGUCACCAUUGCCGCUUAAAUGCGUGUCUAAACUCUUCGUUGAGACUGGUGACCGUGGCGGCAGCGGCGCCGACGAUGUGCUCGUCUGGCUUCUUGGGAGAGAUUCCGCUUCCAGGCCUGUAUCAAGCAGUUGUCGAUACCCGCUUAAACCUGGCAUAAAAAUGAAAAACUUCUAAAAAACGCGUAAUCAUGAGUUCUGUGCGGAUAUGUAGCUCGUACAAAUGCUAUUAGCCU